AGGAGGGAGCGGCUCUGGUAGAGCGACAUCGACAGAGAGCGAGAGAGAGAGAGAGAGAGAGAGAGAGAGCAGCGGACGGGUGGAUGACUCAGACAGACAGUCAGGAUGCGUGAAUACAAACUGGUUGUUUUAGGAUCAGGAGGAGUCGGAAAGUCAGCUCUGACUGUCCAGUUUGUUCAGGGGAUCUUUGUGGAGAAGUACGACCCGACGAUAGAGGAUUCCUACAGGAAGCAAGUGGAGGUCGAUGGACAGCAGUGUAUGUUGGAGAUCCUGGACACAGCAGGAACAGAGCAGUUCACGGCGAUGAGAGACCUGUACAUGAAGAACGGUCAGGGCUUCGCUCUGGUCUACUCCAUCACGGCUCAGUCCACCUUCAACGACCUCCAGGACCUCCGGGAGCAGAUCCUCAGAGUGAAGGACACCGAGGACGUCCCCAUGAUCCUGGUCGGGAACAAGUGCGACCUGGAGGUGGAGCGCGUGGUGGCCAAAGAGUCCGGCAUCGGCCUCGCCCGCCAGUGGAACUCCUGCGCCUUCCUGGAGACCUCGGCCAAGAGCAAGAUCAACGUCAACGAGAUCUUCUAUGACCUCGUGCGACAGAUCAACAGGAAGAGUCCAGUUCAAGGCAAAACUCGCAAAAAGUCCAACUGUCAACUUCUCUAAUAACAGUUUCCUGCUCACCUGACCGACAACCAACCAACCAACCAACCAAUCACAGGACAUCUUCCAGCUGGCCACGCCCCCUUUUAAACACAACCAUGUCAUCAUCAACAUCAGCCACCUCUGACCUCUGUUCCCGCGACAACCACACCUCCCAUCCCCUUCACCUCGCAGUCGAAAACAGAGACUGUUGCCUUGGAAACAUAAAAACCAAACAUCAAAAGACUGCAGCGAUGACGGAUGAUGAUGAUGACGAUGAUGAAGAUAUGAUUCUGCUCUUGCAGGAAUGGGGGGGCUGUCCAAACAACUGCCCAGAUUUAAACUACGGUUCCCAUCAUGCUCUCUGCUAGGCCACUCUGCGCUGGGGAGUGGCCUCUUGCUUUCACUUUUUAAAUGUUCCUUUUUACUUUUACUUAUUUUUCCAGCAGCGCCGAGCUGAUCCGGCUCUGGUUGAACCUGUGGAUCCAUUCAGUGAUUAUUAUUAUUACGGUGGUUAUGAUUAUGAUUCUGUGUGAAAAAAGAUAUAAAAGUCAUUUAAUGUUUUUAAUUUUGGGGGGUAAUGGGGGGCGGGGGGUUAGCGGGUGCAGCAGGUCACAUGGUCAGCUCAUCGCGCUAUGCUAACAAAAGUUAGCCGACAGCUACGGGACAGAUUUGGCAAUAUUCAGAGCAAAUGCUAACUAUCCCCAAAUGCUGCUUGUUGGGUUAUUUUAAAAGCUUACAUAGCUUUGAGCUACCUUGUUAGCAUAGCAGCUAGCACUAAUGUGAAAAUAUUGUGAGCAACUUAUGCUGUUUGUGGGGUGUUAGCAUUAUAAAAAUAUCCCCAAAUUGAAUUCUAACUAUGCUAACACACUGUUUGUGGAGUGUUGGUGUAUUUACAGAUGGGUGGUGACUGCAGCGAGUUAGCUUGUCAAUUAGGAAAAACUAACAAAGCUAAACAUGCCAUUUGUAAACAGUUUCAAAACACCAACUUGAAACUUAAGCAUGAGGGCGCCAUAAUUAAUAUCAGCUAAUGCUAACAGCUAACUCAAUGUAUUUGCUAUGUUGUAAAGGGAAGCUAACGAUGCCACUUCAGCAAAAUAAUAUAUAGAUCGUAGCUGCGUGCUAAGUUGUUAACGUAGCCGCACGGUGAGCUGACUCUAGAUCUGCUGCUCAGGGAGGACAUGUUGCCUUUAGACAGCAGACUCACACUGGUCCAGUAGGCUUUCUUGUGUGUGUGUGUGUGUGCGUGUGUGUAUGUGUGUGUGUGUGUGUGUGUAUGUAUGUGUGUGUUUUUGUUAGUGUGUGUGUGUGUGUGAUCUGCAAAGUAACAAAGAACCACGCCGGUUUCUGUGGGGCAGAGCAGGGCGCCUAACAAGUGACGUUUUCGUGAUAAUUAACCAUGUUAUUACCUGAUUAUUAAUGUUAUUAACACAUCUGAGAGGGAAGCGCUGAACUAUCUGUCCUUAAUGUCUCCACUGAUGUGAACUGUCCCGCUAUGGAGGACCAAACUCAACCAAAACGGCUGAACCUCCAUGUCCUUGCAUGCUCAGAUCAUCCGGUGUAAUAUUUCACGCUACCACUUUAGUGUCAGUAGCGCACUGCUAACAUGCUAAAGUGUUAGCAUGGAUGCUCUCAUUAGUCGAAAGAAGAGCUCAAAUCUCAGUGUUUCUUUUUAACGGUAGCACGGCCAAGUUUGAGACCAACCGGAGGACGUUGGGCUUGAAGCUGAAGCCCCGCCCCCCACUCGUGAAUUUGGGGGCGCGGCCUGUGAAGCAGCAGCCACAGAAAAAAGAUUUGAUUAUCCGUUUUUGUUUUUAAAUGUGAGUGCGUUGGACUCAGUGACCUCUGUGAGUACUGCUGUGCACAGCGUUGUACUACCGGGAGUACUGCAGUACAGCGUGGUACUGCCGUCAGUAUUCCGGUUCUCCCGCAGUACGUUCAGUCAUGUAGCAUGUCGAUGUUUCUGUCAGUACUCAGUCUGACCUCCGGGAGGCGCUGCGACAGUUUGCAUGCCGAGCGGGUCAAAGGUCUGUUUGCAGCCGUGGCGGUUCAUCAUAAAUAAAUAAUAGGGUUGCUUGCUAACAAAUAGGAAAGCCAGUGUUGUGAUAACGCUUUAAAUAAAUUUCAGUCCACUCCCGGAUGUCACGCCUCUUCUCAGCCAAUCAAAUCAUCACCUGGCAACACCGCGGCUGCAGGCAGACCUUUCUGGUUGCCACAGUAACCGAGGCUGCGGUGCAUUCGUCAUUUUCGUGCGACUUCUGUGGCUGUAAUGAUUGACAGCUCAGGCCAAACUCUUAUAGGUGUGUGUGUGUGUGUGUGUGUGUGUGUGUGUGUGUGUGUGUGUGUGUGUGUGUGUGUGUGUGUGUGUGUGUGUGUGUGUGUGUGUGUGUGUGUGUGUGUGUGUGUGUGUACGUUUACGUUUUGGCAGAUCUAAAGGUCUCGGUAUGCUUCAGAAGAAGGAGGCUGUGUGACCAUCUUUAAGAAUGGUCCACUUUCGGACAGUCUGUCUUUGAAGAUGUUCUUGGCGUUGAGCCUGUGAGAGAGAAGUUAAAACUGUCUUUCUAAGAAUAUCUCGCACACUUUGAUGAAUUUUCUUUUUAAAGUCAUACAAUUGUCAGAAGCAGCAAGAAUUCUGCUGUCGGAAAGGUUUAAACAAGCACUUUGUCUGAAGCAUACAGAGGCCUUAACGUCUGUGAUAAAGUGAGGCGUAUUUCUUCCCUUUUUUAAAGCUAGGCUAGCAGAUUCAAUCUGCUUCCAUUCAUUGUGCUAAGCUAGGCAAAAUGCAUCUUGGACCUAUCUCUGUACAGAUUAAACAUGAUUGUGAUCGUC